AUGUUACAAGUCUUCAAUAAAAAAAAAUUUAGUCCUAUUCCAUUACGUCCUUUGGAAAAGCCACAUAACCGCAAUGAAGACGCCAAAGGUUCAAUGAAUCUUAAAGGUGCAUUAUGGUGCUAUUCUGAUAACUGUGAAUUAUAUACAAGGAAUUUGUUUUUGUUUGAUUUACGCCAAUGGAAAAAUGAAAGAAUUAAUAAAUCAGAAGAAAUGCUGUGCGACAAAACAUGGAGAAGACAAAAAAAAAUUUUGAAACUUCUUGAAGGAAGCUAA